CGCAUUAUGUGGAAGCCGAAAAACUGCGCGGAAGACCUUUAGGUGCUGUUGGCAAAUAUCGCGUCCGCCGCAAAUUUCCACUGCCACGCACAAUUUGGGAUGGUGAAGAGACGAGUUACUGCUUCAAGGAGAAAUCUCGAUCUGUAUUAAGAGACUGGUACGCACAUAAUCCAUAUCCUUCCCCGCGUGAGAAACGUGAAUUAGCAGAGGCUACAGGACUGACAACCACGCAGGUUUCCAAUUGGUUUAAGAAUCGCAGACAAAGAGAUCGCGCCGCCGAGCAUAAAGAGUAA